AUGGAGUCCAACAACAAACUGCUAUGCCUCAAUAUCCUCGGCUUCAAGAAGCAGGGGAUAAGCACCGAAGAGUACCGUAGCUACAUGCUAAACGUUCAUGCGCCAUUGGUUGCCCGUCUCAUGGAAAAGUACGGCUUUCUUCAUUGGAGCAUGACUCACACGCCGGAUGAGUCCCGUCAGCUUAUGGACCAGAUCCAUGAUGCACAGUUUGCUAAUAUUGCCCCAUACGACUGCUGUGUGCAGCUGGUGUUCCCUGAUAUUGAAUGUUUUGUGAGGAUGAAGGCCGAUCCGUUCUUCAAACAAAUGGUGGGUCCGGAUCAUGAGAAGUUUGCCGACACCAAGAGAUCGCAGAUGAUGAUAGGCUGGUUUUCGCCGCUCAUGAUGAAUGGAAAGUUGGUCCAGGGCAAUAUGUGA